CCAGCCCCGCUGGAGCGCUGCCUGCCCUGCCUGGAGAGAUAAGCGUGCCCCGGGCUGCAGCGCCCCCUGCACCCGCCCAACCCUGAGCGCGCCCCGGGCUGCCUGCAGCAGACAGCGCCCGCCUGCCCGUCAUGUCCGGACCCGGAGCUCACAGCCAGAGCAGGAGGCUGCCCUCUGACAUGGAGCAUGGGCAGCGGGGACUGGAGCCAGAGCAGAUGCAGCAGCAGCUCAAAUUACGUGACAGGCAGAAGUUCUUUGAGGAGGUUUUCCAGCAUGAUGUGGAUUUCUUCUUCCCCAUGUCCCACCUGCAGAUAGAGCACAGGAGACCUCCACUGGGCAGCAUUUCCUCCAUGGAGGUGAAUGUGGACAUGCUGGAGCAGAUGGAGAUGAUGGACCUGUCUGACCAGGACACCGUGGACGUGUUUCUCAGCUGUGGGACAGAGGAUAACAAUGUUGCCGGUCUCCUGCCAGAGCCCAGCCACUACCAGGAGGAAAUCACCCUGCAAGUGCCCAAUGCGGCCGAGAUCAAAUCCCGGAUCUCGUCCACAUCCUCCGUGUCCACAGACCUGAACAGCCUGGACACCAGCGAGGAGGGGGCUGAGACCCCCGUGGUGCAGUCAGAUGAGGAUGAGCCCCAGGAGGACAGUCCUGAAGCACAGGCGGCCAGAAGCUAGCAGCAGGCUCCCUGCUCUCUCCUCAUCCACCCUCCGCAUGGACCUGCCAGCAUGAGAGGAAGGAAGGCUGCUGGUUGUUUGACGCCUGCUCAGUACAACCUGAGCUGUCUCCCCAUCCCAAGGAGCGGAGAGACGGCUUCCCUCAGCACGUUCUUCAGUCAGCCAGGAGAGUGGUGCAGAAACAGAGGGGUAGUGUAGUGCUUCAGAAAUUAACUCUUCAGGCUUUGCUACUAACUCUCCCGCUUCACUCACCUGAACUGCUACACGAGCCAUGGCCUCAGUUGUGCCCAUUCCUGGCAAGGCCUCCCCGCAGGAUCGCAGUCCCCCAGUCCCAGUGGGACCCCCCCUUCUAGGCAAAUGUGUAACAAGAGCCUACAGAGAAAUUACACUCCUGUCAAAUAAGCCGUAGGGAUGGUGUGUGUUAUUGGAGAACCAUGAAUGCCUGGUGGUUGGUGGGGAUGAGGGGCUGGCCUAGGAAGCGGCUGCAGAAUGAGGAAGAGGAGAGCCUCAGGGAGGGGAGACAGGCUUAAGGCAGGGGAUGAAGCAAUUACAGCCAUACUACCAAGGACAAGACCUCAGUAGCAGAUGAGCCAAAGUUUCUCAGUCGCCGGAGAACAAGGGUCUUAACUUCGUUCCCAGACCAGGCGCCAGCCCAAUCCAGUGGCCAUUCCUCUGCCCAACAUAAAUACAAGUGGCAUAGUCCUCAUUACCCACCGCUGAGAAGAACUAUGGGGGUUAAUGGGGCAAAUCACCAACCCAUCCCAAUAAUAAUACUGAGCACUUCUAUGGUGCUUUGCAUUUUCAAAGGGCUUUGAUUGCACUUGUGCUUACAGAGGAGACAGCCUGAGAUCGCAGUGAGAAUGUACUGAUUCCCACACUAAACCAGCAGGGCUGGUGGGCGUGGGAGCACUGUGAUCGGUAACAUGAUCCCAUGAGUGUGUUCAUGCAAUUGCCCAUGAAUUGUAUGACCCUUCUAGCACCAAUUAUCAGGUGCAGCAACAGCAGAGUAGCCCCCUAAGCACAGCAGAAUACCCAGCAUGGCUGUUGGCGCUCUGGCUAGCUGUGUUACAAGGACAGAUUGUCACUUUGACCCCCUUCCUUGUUGGCUAUUUGUCUUGCCCUCUUCCUACUCUCGGGAAUGAGCAUAGCCACACACAGAUCCGGCUGCAUCACCAUUUUAGGGAGGCGUGCUACUGCCACCAUCUGAUCUAAUACAGGAAAGCUUUGGCCACAAGGAGACUAUGUAACAGGAAAAACAAAGUCACUGCCAUGACGGAAGUGGAGCAUCCUCAAGGAGAGGAGUCUGGUGUAUAAAUAACAGAGGCUGGGUAUUGCUCCAGAUCCAGGCCAUUUCCCAGGGAGCACUCAGAGCUGCAUAGUAGCUAGACACAUACUAGCAGACACUGUUGGACCCUGGCUGCAGCAUUUAGCAUCCCAAGUACCAUCAAAUGAAAAGCCAGGUGCAGAUGAGUCACAUUCUGUCCACUAUACUGCCUCAUAAAGCACUUUCCAGAGAAAGAGGAUAAAGGGAAAAGAAAGGUCUGAAAAGAGGAAGUGACUCAGCAGAUUGGCAACUCCCGAGAGACGGGGGCAGCACAAAUAUAGUCCUAGCAAUCAGCUAAACCCAUGGAAAAAUCCAAGAAAUGAAUGGCCACUGCUGAGCAAGGACUGCCCCCAGGACCCUGAUUUCAGCUGGUUUGCAGCAGUCUGUGGACAGAGUGGUGCAGGGAGUCUCCUAAGCCCAGAGAAUUUGUGUCUAGUGCCUCUGGCCAUCCUGGCUCAUGUGUAGCUGAAGCAUUCCAGUACUGCAAGUCUCCACCCCUGUGCUGAGAAGCUUGGCAUGUUCAUUACAGGAGUGCUCUUCCAGGUCUCAGUGGUUUUGGGCUAGGGCUGGGCAUACACUGUGAGUUUUGGGGUAUUGCUUGGGGCUGCACUGAGUGCUUGUUUGUGCCUUUGCAAGUCAGAAUGGUGGCAGGUGUUCUCCAGCUGCUGGGUGUGGUUCAAAACAUUCUCCAGCAAGACCUUCUGUUGUGCAGCAUCUGCAGCUCCCAUGCAAUCUCCUAGGCCUGGAGUCCCUCACAUUCUCUUACAAAGUCCUGGCACCAGGGUUCUGGAGCGGAGCCUGGAGCUGGAGCCCAGAGCAGCUCCAGAGCAGUGGAACUGCAGGUUUUUGCCUGGAGCGGAGCCAGAGCACAGCUCCAAAGCCCUGCCUGGCACAGAGCUCAUGUGUCUAGAUUCCAUAUGGGCUUCUGAGCAAGCACUUGUUCCUACAUGGUGUGGAGGACUCUGGCCCUGAUACAGAGAAGCAUAAACAUUUAAGCAGGUGGCUAGCCAAUUGAAGUUAAUGGGCUUACUCACAAGCAUGUGUUUAACCUUAAGCAUAAGUGUUUCACUAGAUAAGAGCCAGCGUGCUCUGCACGUUGCAGGAUCAAGCCCUAAAUGAGCUAGCUGAACUUCUCCUGCACUCCCAUCAAUACUUAGGGAGGGAGCACUUCCAACAUAGGAGACUUGUCUCUGAACAUUUUGUGUGGAUCAUAGUAUUCAUUAUUAAGGCUACGUUUUAGUCAUGAGUAUUUUUAGUAAAAGUCAU